UUAAAGCAAAUAUAACUACCAGACUGAUGAGUUCACCAGUACACCACAACUAACAAUCCACCAUGAAUCAUCAACAAGAGGGAGACAAGCAGGUGAAGCUGUUUGGCUUCUGGCCAAGCCCCUACGUUCUCAAAGUGAUAUGGGCGCUAAGGAUCAAAGGCGUGGAGUACGACUACAUCGAGGAGGAUCUCAGCAACAAGAGCGACCAGCUGCUGGAGUACAACCCCGUGCACAAGAAAGUUCCUGUCCUGGUCUAUCAAGGUAAACCCAUCGCAGAGUCAGAGGUCAUUAUCCAGUUCAUCGAUGAGGCGUGGAAGGACCGUGGUGACCCAAUCUUACCAGAGGAUCCCUACGAGCGCGCCAUGGCCCGUUUCUGGGUUAGAUUUCUCCAGGAUAAGCUCUCGCCACCGAUUUGGAAGUGGUUCACCACGCAAGGCCAACAACAGGAGGAUGCACACGGAGCUGCCAUAGACCAGCUGCUGGUUCUGGAGAAGGAGCUUGAUGGGAAGCGAUUCUUUGCCGGCGAGAAGAUCGGCUUCGUGGACUUAUCACUUGGCCCGCUGUCGUAUGUGAUUCCGAUAUAUGAGGAGAUCACCGGCGUCAAGAUGAUAACAGAGGAGAAGCUCCCUUCCCUGUCUGCGUGGAUGGGGAAUUUCUUGAGCUCGCCGGUGGUGAAGGAUCACCUGCCACCGCUGGACAAGUUGCGACUCAGGUUACAAGCAAUACGUGAAGCAUUUCUAAACGGCAAAGUUAAGUAGCAGAGGUCAUUUUGCCAUUGAGCCUCUUCAGUUUGGUCGGGAUCAGAGGGUCAAUAUAUGGCACAAAUAGUGUUUGCACCGAAAAGAAAGAAAAUAAAAAACAUUAUGAAACUGCGUAGCAAUUAAUUGUCACUGCCGUUUCUGAAGCACUCCUACCUACUACCGUUUGUAACUGAAAGGAGGAAUAUUAUCAUGAUACCGUUUGUAACCGAAAACGCAAUCCAGCAUCAAUCACUUUGAUCCGUGAAUGGCUUUGCCUGCA